AUGGCACCUCCAAAACCCGUCUACAUCCUCUCCACUACCCGCACCCCAGUCGGCAUGUUUCAGGGUUCACUCUCUUCCCAAACAGCAGUCCAACUCGGCUCCCAUGCAAUCAAGUCCGCCGUCAAGCUCGCCAACAUCUCGCCCUCUGAAGUCGAAGAAGUCUACUUUGGCAACGUCCUCCAAGCAAAUGUCGGUCAGAACCCAGCCCGCCAAUGCGCAAUCUACGCCGGACUGCCUGAGAGCACCGAAGCGACGACGGUGAACAAAGUGUGCGCGAGCAGUGUGAAGGCAAUGGCGCUAGCAGCGCAGAGCAUUCUGUGUGGAACAGCAGAUGUGAUUGUUGCAGGUGGAGCAGAGAGCAUGAGCAAUGCACCCCACUAUCUACCCAACAUGCGGACGGGAGCGAAGUUCGGCGACCAGACGCUCGUGGACGGCAUACUUCGAGACGGUCUCAGUGACGCAUACUCCAGCCAACACAUGGGUCUGCAAGGCGAGGAGUGCGCAGAAGACCACGGCUUCAACCGCGAACAGCAAGACGACUACUGCAUCCGCAGCUACAAGAAAGCCCAAGCGGCGCAGGAGAAGGGAUGGUUCGCAGACGAGAUCUCACCCGUCACUAUCCCAGGUGUGCGCGGGAAGCCAGAUACUAGUGUGGGCAAUGACGAUGAGCCGAAGAAUUUCAACGAGUCCAAAACCAGGACCCUCAAACCGGCUUUCAAGAAGGAAGGCGGUACAGUGACCCCGGCCAAUGCUUCACCUCUCUCCGACGGUGCAGCAGCCAUGGUCAUUGUUAGCGAAGAGUACGUCAAGAAGCACAAUCUCAAACCCAUCGCCAAAAUCCUCGGCUGGGGCGAUGCAGCCAAGGCACCGUCGAAAUUCACCACCGCACCUUCCCUCGCCAUCCCUAAAGCGUUGAAGCACGCCGGUAUCAAGCAAGAAGACGUCGACGCAUUCGAGAUCAACGAGGCGUUCUCCGUUGUCGCACUGGCGAACAUGAAGAUCCUGGGCCUGAAGGAAGAGAAGGUCAAUCUGCACGGCGGGGCUGUGGCGUUGGGACAUCCGCUCGGUGCUUCAGGAGCGAGGAUCGUGACGACGUUGAUGGGUGUCUUGAGGGAGACGAAGGGGAAGAUUGGGUGCGCGGGCAUUUGCAACGGUGGAGGAGGUGCAAGUGCGAUUGUGAUCGAGAGGUUGGAUGGUGGUGCGACCAAUGGUGUCAAUGGGAGCUCCUAG